AACAACAAAAAAGAACUAAAUGAAACAAAGGGAAUAAAAAUAAAGUGAACAACUGUUAAUUAGUAGCGUAGGUCUUCCCCUGAAACAGUCCUUCCUUCUCCUUUAAGUAGCCUGUUUCCUUUCGGUCUCUACUGCCUGUUAAAGGGUAUAAUUCAGACCGAGACAGGAAUAGGAUUACGAGUUAGGACUAUAAUGAAAUAUUUUCUGGUAUGGGUUCUAGGAUAUGUUCUGGGAAGUCAUCUUUGUGUGGAGGGAAAUUCUGUGGGAUGUGUUCUGGGAGCUCUUAUGCUAAUUGUUCUUUGUUUUAAGAUAUUAAGGUUUCUGAAAAAUGUUAUUAGGUUCUUACAUAAGCUUUGCUCCAAUGCCACUGACACAGAAGAGGACUCCCAAUCACUAGGACUAAGGCCCCAUUACAACUCCACUCUCCCCUCGAAUGCUUCGUUUCUUGCCAAUGAUCUCUUAAAGUUUGAAAUCGGCUCCAAGGUUCCUGAAGGGCUAAGUUAUUAUAUUGCAUCAUCCAAGGAGGAUCAGGCUAAAUGGUAUAGAGAGCUACUAAAGGCAUGGAAAGAAGCAACACCCCCACCCAAAACAGCAGAUGAAGCUGCUAGGCUUGUCAUCCAGACCUUGAAUGCGAAUGUUCAACAGGCAGAUGUUGAGAGAUUAUUGGCAUUCUAUGCCCUUCCCGUUCCUCAUACUCUCAACCAACUUUCUGCUGAUACUCCAACAUCAUUGCCUAAAGGAGUUCAGUUUGAGCAGCGUACAGGGAAGACAUUUUUUAAUGUUCUUGAUAUCAGAGUCGUCGAUCAUCAAAAUGAGGAGAUCCUCGCUCGACAGGAUCACAUUCGUCUAAGGUAUAGAGCACCGGAGUUGCUGAUGCCAUAUGGGAAUGAGGCAAAAGAAGAGCUGGUUAAGCUUGUUCAGGGCAAAUGUUUGAGAGUGCUGGUAUAUGAUGAAGAUAUAUAUGGGCGCACCGUUGCUGAUGUAUACUGUGAUGGCAUAUUUGUGCAGGAAGUUCUGCUUAAGAGAGGGUGUGCUUGGCAUUACAAAUUUCAUGAUCAACGAUUGGAACUCGCUAGAUGGCAAAAGGAGGCUCAACGAAAUCGAGUCGGCUUGUGGGCUUUCCCAAACCCUGAGGAGCCAUGGGAAUGGAGGAGGAGAAAAAGGCAGGGGCGGAACCAAGUCUCACUGUGAUGCUAAUGGGCAGUUUGAAUUUUUGUUUUUACCCCUGUAUAUCUAUACGAGGAACCCAACAUCAGACUCCAAACUUCAUAAAAAAAUUUCCAUUCGUGGAUUGCUUUCGUGCCCAACCUGCCAACCACAGACCUCGGUGGUUUCCACCGCUGCAUGAAGGCUGAUAAUAUUAUCCCAGUGGGAGAUUAAACAAUAGCAGAAUAG